ACCAGUCGCCGGCCGCGCUCCCGAGAAGCUGCUGCCGCCAUUUUGUGCGCGCCUGUGUUCGCGCCCACCCCCGCCCGCCUUUCCGGGGGAGCGGCGGCACCGGGGACGGCCCGACUGUGCUGCCGGUCAGGUGAGGCGGAGCGGAGGCGCCGGGCCGCGCCGAGGCAGCUACCCCCGGCGGCCGCCGCAGCCGUGAGGUCCCGUUGCUCGCAGGGGGAAGAAGCGGCAAGACGGAGCAGGAGGGGAAAAAACCUCCGGAGCUGCCCCCGAACAGGAGGAGGAGUCUCGGCGCCAGGCCCAGGCGCGGCCCCGGAGGCAGCAUGGAGAACUCGCAGCUGUGCAAGCUGUUCAUCGGCGGGCUGAACGUGCAGACCACGGAGGCCGGGCUGCGGGAGCACUUCGCGGCCUACGGGACCCUCACCGACUGCGUGGUCGUGCUGAACCCGCAGACCAAGCGCUCCCGGUGCUUCGGCUUCGUCACCUACUCGGCGGUGGAGGAGGCGGACGCCGCCAUGGCCGCGUCCCCCCACGCGGUGGACGGGAACGCGGUGGAGCUGAAGCGGGCCGUGUCCCGGGAGGACUCGGCCAAGCCCGGCGCUCACGCCAAGGUGAAGAAGCUCUUCGUGGGCGGCCUCAAAGGGGACGUGGGCGAAGGGGACCUGGUGCAGCACUUCAGCCAGUUCGGCCCCGUGGAGAAGGCCGAGAUCAUCGCCGACAAACAGAGCGGGAAAAAGCGCGGCUUCGGUUUCGUCUACUUCCAGAACCACGACGCCGCCGAUAAGGCGGCCGUGGUCAAGUUCCACCCGAUCCAGGGCCACCGAGUGGAGGUCAAGAAGGCCGUGCCCAAGGAGGACAUCCAGGCGGGCGGGGGAGGCGGCGGCUCCUCCAGGCCCUCCCGGGGAGGUAGAGGAGGAAGGGGUCGGGGCGGCGGCGGCUCCGGCAACCGGGAUCACAACGGGCUGUCCAAAGGAGGCGGCGGCUACAACAGCUACGGCGGCUACGGCGGGGGAGGAGGCGGCGGGUACGGCUCCUAUGGCAGCGGUUCCUACGGAGGCGGCGGCGGAGGGGGAGGCGGAGACUACGGCAACGGGGUGCACUUCUGUGUGAAUGAGAGGAUGGGAAAGCUGAGCCCUGAAAAGCACACCACAAAAGUCGACUCUUCAAUGCUGAAACCUUUUUUGGAGGAAGAUUUUUGAAGAAGAUUUCUGAAGGAAGUUGAUGAAUAAUUUCAAGGAAGAGAUUAUGCAACUAAACAAGAGCUGCUAAAGAUAGGAAUUUCUUGAUAUAGGUCUCUGGAGCCUGAACAUUGGUAUAUACCUGGAAACAGGUAUGUGCAGGGGAGUAAAGUCUUCCUGAAUUGUUGUUUGCACUGUAUUCAGGCUGGAUGAUCCAGUGAUUCACAACUCUUGCAGUUUGCCUUGCAGAACUAGAAGGAUUUUUCCCAGUUUGAUGCCAUUUGCUUUCUGCUGGGUUUUUGGGAGGUGAAGAGUGGCCUUUCAGGCUUCUGCAGAGACUGUGGAGAUUGACAAGGUGCUGUCUGAUUGUAUUGGGGCUCUUCACAGAAUUAAAUUCUUGUAAGCACUCGGUGUCCUUUCCUUAUAACCUCAGCAUUAAAUCAGCUGCUGGAUUUUGGGCCAGGAGAGAGUUUUGGAUCAGAUUGGUAGUGACUGUUUUUAUUCCCUCCCUUUGUGCCACUUUUAUUGAAGAAAUUCCUUGCUGCUGUGGAGACACUGGCAAUGCUUUUCUCUCCCAUCUCCCUGUGGUUCCUUGGAAUUGGGGGCUUUGGUCUUUCACUGUAGAUCUGAAGAUUGUCACAGGAAUCUGUGAAGGUUUUGAUGGGCUGAGGGAUGGUGGGACUGGCUGGAACAGGUGUUUGGGGACCUUUCUGCUCUGAGAAUUGGUUAUAUGGUUGUCAGUGAUUGAAGGUUGAUUAGAUGUAAGGUAAUUUUUGGCUACUUGAGACUAGAAAUUUUUGAAAGAGGCUGGAAAAAUUCCACCCAUCAGGUGUCACUAAUUCCUUUCAGCUGAAUGCUUUUUCAUGCUACCAGUCUUUGCUUAAAAAUAAACAAGAAGUUUUUGCCUUGGGGUUGUUACCAACAUGAUUAUUUUGCAAGGCUGCUGUAAAGAUAAUCUCUGAUUACUGGAACAUGCUUUUGUUCCACUCCAGCAAGGACUAUUCACUGUUUUGCUUGUCUGUCACUGAACCUUUCAGGAUUUGUACACAAGCCUGUGGGGCAAAGCAUGUAAGAAGGUAUUGCUGGUUUGGUUCAAUUUAGGUGCUUUGCUCGCAGGCUGACUGGAGUGAGAUGUAAAUUUUUAAGGUGAAAGCCUAAUAUUUUGUUGUUGAAAAACUUUGUGUUAAUAAAAAUACACAGGCACUUUGCAGCAG